AUCAUGGCGGCCUCGGCGGCCGUCGGGGGGUCGCAGGCGUCCCAGCCCGAGUUGUCGGCGCAGGGUCCGGCCCUGGACAAGGCGGCCACCGCGGCGCACCUGAAGGCCGCUCUCAGCCGGCCCGACAACCGUGCGGGCGCCGAGGAGCUGCGGGCGCUGCUGGAGCGGGUGCUGAGCGCCGAGCGGCCGCUGGCCUCGGCUGCGGGCGGCGAGGAGGCGGCGGCCGGCGGCGGCGGCGGCGGCGGCGGUGGGGCCGGGCCGGGGGCGGCGGAGGAGGAGGCCCUGGAGUGGUGUAAGUGCCUUCUGGCCGGCGGCGGCGGCUACGACGAGUUCUGCGCGGCCGUGCGGGCCUACGACCCCGCGGCGCUCUGCGGCCUGGUGUGGACGGCCAACUUCGUGGCCUACCGCUGCCGGACGUGCGGCAUCUCCCCGUGCAUGUCGCUGUGCGCCGAGUGCUUCCACCAGGGCGACCACACGGGACACGACUUCAACAUGUUCCGCAGCCAGGCCGGGGGCGCCUGUGACUGCGGGGACAGCAACGUGAUGCGGGAGAGUGGGUUUUGUAAAAGGCAUCAGAUUAAAUCAAGUUCAAAUAUCCCCUGUGUCCCCAAAGACUUGCUGAUGAUGUCUGAAUUUGUUCUUCCAAGAUUUAUUUUUUGUCUUAUUCAAUACUUACGAGAAGGCUAUAAUGAACCAGCUGCUGAUGUACCAUCAGAAAAAGAUCUGAACAAAGUCCUUCAGCUUUUGGAACCUCAAAUUUCCUUUUUGGAAGACCUAACUAAAAUGGGAGGAGCAAUGAGGUCUGUUCUUACUCAGGUUUUAACAAACCAGCAAAACUAUAAAGAUUUAACUUCUGGUCUUGGAGAAAAUUCUUGUGCAAAGAAAAGUCAUGAAAAGUACCUUAUAGCUUUGAAGAGUUCUGGACUCACAUAUCCAGAGGAUAAGCUUGUAUAUGGUAUGCAGGACCCAUCUGCUGCUUCGAGCACUCUGGCAGUUCAAGGUUUUGCAAGUGGUACAGGAGCAUUGGGACAAGUAGAUUCUUCAGAUGAGGAGGAUCAGGAUGGGAGUCAAGGCCUGGGCAAGAGAAAAAGGGUAAAGCUGAGCAGUGGUACCAAAGAUCAAUCCAUAAUGGAUGUUUUGAAACAUAAAAGUUUUCUAGAAGAACUAUUGUUUUGGACAAUAAAGUAUGAAUUUCCCCAGAAAAUGGUAACUUUCUUACUUAAUAUGCUUCCAGAUCAGGAGUAUAAGGUUGCUUUUACAAAAACUUUUGUUCAGCAUUAUGCUUUCAUUAUGAAAACACUGAAGAAAAGUCAUGAAUCAGAUACGAUGUCUAACAGAAUUGUACAUAUUAGUGUUCAGUUGUUCAGCAAUGAGGAGCUAGCAAGACAGGUAACAGAAGAAUGUCAGCUCCUGGAUAUUAUGGUCACUGUGCUGUUGUACAUGAUGGAAAGUUGCCUUAUUAAAAGUGAGCUGCAAGAUGAAGAAAAUAGUUUACAUGUGGUGGUGAACUGUGGAGAAGCAUUACUGAAGAAUAACACUUAUUGGCCUCUCGUUAGUGAUUUUAUUAAUAUUCUUUCUCAUCAAAGUGUGGCUAAGAGAUUUUUGGAGGACCAUGGUUUAUUAGUUACAUGGAUGAACUUUGUAUCUUUCUUUCAAGGUAUGAACUUAAACAAGCGAGAGCUCAAUGAACAUGUAGAAUUUGAGUCUCAGACCUACUAUGCUGCCUUUGCUGCUGAGCUGGAGGCCUGUGCACAGCCAAUGUGGGGACUUUUAUCGCACUGUAAAGUUAGGGAAACUCAAGAAUAUACCCGAAAUGUUGUGAGAUACUGCCUUGAAGCUCUUCAAGACUGGUUUGAUGCUAUUAACUUUGUAGAUGAGCCCGCACCUAACCAAGUCACCUUUCACCUGCCACUGCACCGCUACUAUGCUAUGUUUGUGAGUAAGGCUGUGAAAUGUCAAGAAUUAGAUUUGGAUUCUGUUUUACCAGAUCAGGAAAUGCUAAUGAAACUAAUGAUUCACCCACUCCAAAUUCAAGCCAGUCUUGCUGAAAUCCACAGCAACAUGUGGGUAAGAAAUGGUCUGCAAAUCAAAGGGCAAGCCAUGACUUACGUCCAGUCUCAUUUCUGUAAUUCUAUGAUUGAUCCUGACAUUUACCUAUUACAGGUUUGUGCUUCUAGACUUGACCCAGAUUAUUUUAUAUCAUCUGUCUUUGAAAGAUUUAAGGUGGUAGAUUUAUUGACAAUGGCUUCCCAACAUCAAAAUACAGUACUUGAUGCUGAGCACGAGCGAUCAAUGUUAGAAGGCGCUCUUACAUUUCUUGUGAUUCUUUUAAGUCUUCGUUUACAUUUAGGAAUGUCUGAUGAUGAGAUUCUCAGGGCAGAGAUGGUAGCCCAGCUGUGCAUGAAUGACAGGACACACAGCUCAUUGCUGGACCUCAUUCCAGAAAACCCCAACCCCAAAAGUGGCAUUGUCCCUGGAAGUUAUAGCUUUGAAUCAGUUUUAUCAGCUGUAGCUGACUUUAAAGCUCCUGUUUUUGAACCUGGAGGUUCUAUGCAACAAGGCAUGUACACUCCUAAAGCUGAAGUUUGGGAUCAGGAGUUUGAUCCUGUCAUGGUCAUUCUUCGAACAGUUUACCGCAGAGAUGUGCAGUCUGCAAUGGACAGAUAUACAGCAUUUUUAAAACAGAGUGGAAAAUUCCCUGGUAAUCCCUGGCCUCCUUAUAAGAAAAGGACACCACUCCACCCCAGCUAUAAAGGUCUCAUGAGACUACUACACUGUAAAACUUUACACAUUGUGUUAUUCACUCUGCUUUACAAGAUUCUGAUGGAUCAUCAAAAUCUUUCAGAACAUGUGCUCUGCAUGGUUUUAUAUCUGAUUGAAUUAGGACUUGAAAAUUCUACUGAAGAUGAAUCAGAUGAAGAGGCAUCAGUGGGUGGGCCAGAACGUUGUCAUGACAGUUGGUUUCCUGGCACUAACUUGGUAUCAAACAUGCGGCACUUUAUAAACUAUGUUAGAGUGAGAGUUCCAGAGACUGCUCCUGAGGUGAAGAGAGACUCACCUGCAAGUACCAGCUCUGAUAGCUUGGGCUCUUUACAAAAUUCUGGAACAGCUCAAGUCUUCAGUUUAGUAGCAGAGCGUAGAAAGAAAUUUCAAGAGAUCAUCAAUCGAAGUAGCAGUGAAGCAAAUCAGGUGGUUCGUCCAAAAACUUCAAGUAAAUGGUCAGCUCCUGGUUCAGCUCCCCAGUUAACAACAGCCAUUUUGGAAAUUAAAGAAAGCAUAUUAUCUUUGCUAAUUAAACUUCACCACAAACUCUCAGGAAAACAAAAUUCCUUCUAUCCUCCUUGGCUUGAUGACAUAGAAGUUUUAAUCCAGCCAGAAAUCCCCAAAUACAAUCAUGGAGAUGGCAUAACUGCAGUAGAAAGAAUCUUGUUAAAAGCUGCAUUGCAAAGCAGAAUGAACAAACGUAUCAUUGAAGAGAUAUGUAGAAAAGUGACCCCUCCUGUGCCACCCAAAAAAAUCACUUCAGCAGAGAAGAAAACUCUGGACAAGGAAGAAAGGCGACAAAAGGCUAGAGAGAGGCAGCAGAAAUUGCUUGCAGAGUUUGCUUCACGACAGAAAAGCUUUAUGGAAACUGCAAUGGAUGUUGAUUCUCCUGAAAAUGACAUACCUAUGGAGAUCACCACAGCAGAGCCACCAGUUUCUGAGGCUGUUUAUGACUGUGUUAUUUGUGGACAGAGUGGCCCUUCCUCUGAAGACCGACCUACAGGAUUGGUUGUACUGUUACAAGCAUCAUCAGUUUUGGGACAGUGCCGUGACAAUGUUGAACCAAAAAAGUUGCCAAUCACUGAAGAGGAGCAGAUCUACCCUUGGGACACAUGUGCAGCUGUUCAUGAUGUGAGGCUUUCAUUAUUACAGCGUUAUUUUAAGGAUAGUUCUUGCCUUUUGGCAGUAUCAGUUGGCUGGGAAGGCGGUGUUUAUGUACAAACCUGUGGCCACACAUUACAUAUAGAUUGUCAUAAAUCGUAUAUGGAGUCAUUGCGGAAUGACCAAGUUCUUCAGGGCUUCUCAGUGGACAAAGGAGAAUUCACAUGUCCCCUCUGUAGACAGUUUGCUAAUAGUGUUCUUCCAUGUUAUCCUGGAAGCAAUGUGGAAAAGAACCUUUGGCAACGACCUAGUAACAAAAGCGUGCAAGAUCUCAUAAAGGAAGUGGAGGAGCUGCAGGGGCGGCCAGGAGCUUUUCCUGUAAGCAUCCGUUCAGAAACCAACUUAAGUAAAGAAAUGGAAUCUGUAAUGAAAGAUAUAAAAAAUGCUACUCAGAAGAAAUAUAGAGACUAUAGCAAGACUCCAGGCUCACCAGACAAUGAUUUUCUCUUUAUGUAUUCUGUUGCUAGAACCAACUUGGAACUGGAGUUGAUUCAUCGAGGAGGCAAUCUGUGUUUAGGUGGUGCAAGCACAGCUGGUAAAAGAUCAUGUUUAAACCAGCUCUUCCAUGUGUUGGCCUUGCACAUGCGGCUGUAUACCAUUGACUCUGAGUAUAACCCCUGGAAGAAGCUCACCCACUUGGUAGAAGAUAGAAGCUUACAGCCAGGCAAUGAAGAGCAGCAGCCUGAAGUUCCAAUUCUUUAUCAUGAUGUGACAUCCCUUUUGCUCAUCCAGAUUUUAAUGAUGCCUCAACCUUUAUGCAAAGACCACUUCACCUGCAUUGUGAAGGUACUUUUUACCUUGCUGUAUACGCAGGCUCUUGCAGCACUGUCAGUUAAAUGUAGUGAAGAAGAUAGGUCAGCCUGGAAACACAUUGGUGCUCUUAAAAAGAGUACGUGUGAUGCAGAAAAGUCUUAUGAAGUGCUAUUGAGCUUUGUUAUAAGUGAACUAUCUAAAGGAAAGUUAUACCAUGAAGAAGGAACUCAGGAGUAUGCCAUGGUUAGUCCUAUUGCUUGGUCUCCUGAGUCCAUGGAAAAAUACUUACAGGACUUCUGCUUACCUUUCCUCAGAAUCACCAGCCUUCUUCAGCACCACCUUUUUGGGGAAGAUUUACCUAGUUGCCAGGAAGAAGAAGAAUUUUCAGUUCUUGCCAGCUGCCUGGGACUUCUGCCAGCAUUUUACCAAACAGAACAUCCAUUCAUCAGUGCCUCCUGUCUGGAUUGGCCAGUUCCAGCAUUUGAUAUUAUAACUCAGUGGUGUCUCGAGAUAAAAUCAUUUACUGAGAGACAUGUAGAACAAGGGAAGGCCUUGCUUAUCCAAGAAUCAAGGUGGAAAUUACCACACCUAUUACAGUUGCCUGAGAAUUACAACACCAUUUUUCAGUACUACCAUAGGAAAACCUGUAGUGUCUGCACCAAGGUUCCUAAGGACCCUGCUGUUUGCCUUGUUUGUGGUACUUUUGUGUGCCUGAAAGGACUUUGCUGCAAGCAACAGAGUUACUGUGAAUGUGUGUUGCAUUCUCAGAAUUGUGGUGCUGGAACAGGAAUUUUCCUUUUAAUCAAUGCAUCAGUGAUUAUCAUCAUUCGAGGUCACCGCUUCUGCCUCUGGGGUUCUGUGUAUUUGGACGCUCAUGGAGAAGAAGACCGGGAUCUUAGGCGAGGCAAACCUCUCUACAUUUGUAAGGAACGAUACAAAGUUCUUGAGCAGCAGUGGAUUUCUCACACUUUUGAUCACAUCAAUAAAAGAUGGGGUCCACAUUAUAAUGGGCUGUGACUCACGCCUCAGCAUUGCAUUAUAUUAUCAUUUUCAUUAAGACUUUAUUUUUCAACAAUAAGCUUUAAUUUAAUUUUGGGGGUAAAAAUUAAUGUUUUGCUGUGGGAUUAAAAAGAAAACCUACAUUGUGAAGCCUUUCCAAAAUUAGGUGCUUGGUAACCAUAUUAUUAAUGGGAUGAUAAUUUUUUCUCAAGUAUCUGGAGAACAAAUAAGUCAAAUCAUUCUUUAGUGGCAAUUUUUAAGUGCACAAUUAAUAAAAAGCACAACUUGUCCGCAAAAAUCAUUCAGAAGUGAUUCUCCCUACAGUGCAUAUCAUCUGUUCAUCGAUAGAGUGUGUGAUUUAUUUGAAAUUUUACUCCCUUUUCUGUCUUGUGUUUUAAUUUGCAUCUGCUAAACAUAAUGCAUCUUUUUCUCUGUCAUUCUUGUGUUGGUUUGAUAUUUUGCUGUAUGUAAUUAGAAAAAUGUAAAACAUGAUUUAUGUGAAAUAUUGUAUAGUAAAAGUUGGUCUAAUAGUAGAAUUUAAAUUUUUUUUCUUAUUGUGAGAAAUCUGUUAAAAGUUUAAGGCUUUGCUGAAAACUUAAUUCAUUCUCAGGAAUUUCGUAACUAUUCUCCCCAGGUAAAUAAUUGAAAUAGCUGUAAAAUAAGUAGGUAGCUGCUGUUAAUAAGAUACAGUACAUCUGGGGGGGCAUAUGUGUGGUUAGUUAGGUCCUUGAAAAUCAAAUUUAUGGGCUGUAGGUAUAGCGGAAGAGUGCUUAAUUAAACAUUCACAAAGCCUUGAGUUUGAUCUUAUGCACCACAAAAUUUUUGCUAUUUCUGUUGGAUGAAUUAUUUGUUAGUGACAAGUAAAUUUUACAAGCAAAUCCAAAAGGUUUAAGAAUAUACACAUGGGCAGAUUUUGAAGCUGUGCAUGUCCAUCUUUUAUUACCUACUAAGUUUGUAUUUGUAUGACUGGAUUGGAAAUCCCAUUCAUCCCAACAGAUGAAUCAUAAGUUUUCAAACUUUCCUAUCAGCUGAAAAACUUCAUCUGUAUUGUAUUAAAGCAGUGUGAUCACUGCUGCUUGGUUUCCUAAAGGAGGGGCUCAGUGAUGAUGAGCCAUCCUUCUGCUUUCUUCUUAGAAAUUGCUGUGAAAAAUCUACUAUGUUUGUAGGCUUUUUAAGGAGGAAAGGAAGAUUACAGAAAAGCAUGUUAUACAUUGGUACCAAGAUUUUUUUCCCCAAGUGAUUCAGUAAUUUGAUAAUUAUUUCAUAUAUAGUACUAUCAAGCAAUUCCUGGUACUUUGGACUUCCUUAGCUUGUUAUAUAAAAUUACGUUUUUACAUGUGAAAAUAAACUAAGAAACAUCUAAUUAUAAAACAUAAAAAUAAGAACAUAUCAGUGUUCUAAAUUUUUGAAUGACAUGACAUUACAGAAUAUAAAAAUGAAUAUUAAAUGAUGGCCUUGCUUUAAAAUAAGGGAAGCAGAGUAAUACAUAUUCAAAUGUGUUGAAACCAUCAGAAAACUACCUGUAGUUCUAUAAGAAAAUUCAUUGAAAUAGCUUGCUAUUUUUAUAGAUGUCCAAGAUAUUAAGAUAAUUCUCUGUAAGACCAGAAUGAUUCUGUUUGAUUAAAUCACUGUUCUUUUCAACACAUGGCUACUUUUUAAAUACUGUAUCAUAAGUUCAGCCUGUUAUAUUUUUUGCAUUGGUCAUUAUGAACAUCAGGCUAUUUAUAAGUGUGGUUGGAGAACAAAAUGCUAAUUUACAUCUCUAGUAAAUACUAUUACAGGAUUUAUGAACUUGAAUAAUUCUACAGUUUGAAACUGAUGCUAUAUGUACAUGGUAUAAUGUAUCCAGGCUUUGAUUACUACAUAUUUAAAAUGGAAUGUUUAUGGUUGUGCAUAUGGAUGUGAAGUGAAAAUAUUAGCCUUAACUUUAAAAUUUGGGUAUUUGAUAGUGUUUAUUUUGAUAUUGGUGAAUUAGUCACCAGUAAAUUUUUAAAAAGCACUUGGUUGAAAAUUGUACUUGAAUACAUACAUGCAUGCUGCUAAACUAGAACUUAAUUCCCCUAACUUUUAUAAGUCCCAUUUAUAAGCCCACUUUUAAAAAUCACAGGUCCAAAUUAGAGUGAUGUGUGUAUAUUAUUCAAAAAAUGUACUGGUGUGAUAUCUUGUAUGAAUGAUCAUUUAAAUACAGUACAUUACUGUAGAUGCUAAAUCAACCUUUAUAACUAAGCAGAAUUUACCAACUAGGAAUAAUCAACAUUGUAAGAUAUGUGAAUAAAAACCUACUGUCAUUGGA